GUCGGGCGUGGUCACACAUUGUCUACGACGGCGGGAGGUAGACGACUCGUUCACCGGUCGAUCUCCAAGUUGCUCACCGCGCGGGCGCAAGUACCGACCGCGAGCGGUUCGGUUGGCGGGAGCUGUCAAUCAUUUCCCUGGUGGGAAAAUGCCACGGCCGAGGAAAGGUUUUUUACUCCCUUUUUUCCAUAACCAACUGCAGAAUAGCCCGCGCCGGCUCGAUGAAUUAGAAGCGCCAUAGCUAGCUAGCUAGAGAGAGAGAGAGAGAGAGAGAGAGAGAGAGAGAGAUGUCAAACGGGCAAGUUAGCUUGCGACGGAUGUAAUUCUGACAGAGGGAGAAGCCAGCUUAAUCGUUUAGCUUGCGACGGAUGUAAUUCUGACAAAGGGAGAAGCCAGCUUAAUCGCGUGGGGUUGAAAAAGGUUGCUGCUGACAUGGUAUCCCAACUUGAAUCUAGCUAUGUACCAAUGACCGACUUCCCAAUAGCCGCGAUACCUCGGGAAGAACCAGUGGUACUCUCAAAUCAUACAACAGAAAUGGAAGAAGUUGUGGCGAGGACAAAUGGGGAGAUGGAUAAUGAUGCAGACAGGGAGGAGGAAGAUGCCGACAAAUGCAUAGACAUUACCACCGAAGAAGUCGUUGUCAAGAGGAAACGAGGUCGGCCGCCGAAGAAUCGACGAUCUGCUGCACCGAAAAGACCGCCGCCGCCGCCCAUCAUAGGCCCUGAUGGUGUCGUUCAGAAGAGAGGGCGUGGGAGGCCAAAGAAAAUCAUAAGCGAGGUUGCAGAUGGCAGUUUGCAAGGUGGAAUUGGCAGCCAAGCGAUGCGUGACGAAGCGCAGAAGAGAAAGAGAGCACCAAGUGCACGGGGCCGUGGGCGCCCGCGGAAGUAUCCUCGUGCAGAUGAUGUCAAAAAACUCAGCAAGGAGAAGAUGGCAGGUGCAGUUGAUGGAGAAACACCAAAGAGGGGGCGAGGCCGGCCACGCAAACGGCCUUAAAAGUGUAGCACCAUAGCGCACACAGCAAGGUGGGCAUGGGACGCUGUGCUACUGCAACGUUCUUGAGGGUUUUCCGCACGCUGAAUGCUUCUCCAAUGGGAAAUAACUAUGGUGGAAAGAGUACCUGGUGGGCGCUGGGUUAUUCCGGCUACGUCUCAGAAAAAUGGAAAGGGUGGUGAUGAAGAUGAUGAUGAGCAGCGAAUCACCAAUUCGCUGAUGGGAUUUCAGAGCUGAAGUGGAAGACAGGAAUACGUUGAGAAUGACAGUGAGUGGACAAUAGGCACUGGGCUUCGUCAUUCACAAGCUAGCAAGCAAGCAGAUUUGCAAAAGGAGGAAGGGCAGGAGCUUCCCACAGGC